GGGGCACAGGGUGGGCUUGGUGGCCCAGGUGGGGCACAGCCACCCCUGCUGGCCCCUCGGGGGGGGAUGGGGAUGGGGCAGCAGCACUGCCCGGUGGGUUGCGUGUCCCGCCUGGCAGCUGCAGGGGCUGAGGCGGCCAUGUCCCCUGGCACCACCCAGGGUGGCAGCGGGGGCGAGCUGUGGCCACUGCUGCCCUGCAAUGAGCGGCUGUGCCUGGCGCUGCCACUGUGGGCACUUGUCCCUGUCACAGCCGCCUGCCUGGCACUCUGUGCAGUCAGCGUGGUGGGCAGCGUCCUGAUGGUGCUGGUCAGCUGCAGCUACUGCUACAUGAAGACCACCACCAACCUGUGCCUGGGCAGCGUGGCUGCCUCAGACCUCCUCAUCCUCCUGCCGCUGCCCUUUGACCUGUGCCACCUCCCACUCCUCAGCGAGGGCUGCACCUGCUGCACCGCCCUCCACAUCACCUCACCAGGGACAGCUCCCUGCCUCCCCCUCAAGGCCAGUGUGGUUGUCACCAAGCGCCAGGUGAAGGCUGCCAUCAGCACCCUCUGGGCCUUCCACCUUCUCUCUGCCAGACCCUUCCCGGUCAGCAUGGAGCAGCCUGACAACAACUUCAGCCGCGAGUGCAAGCCCACCCUGCAGGCCCUGGAGUCAGGCCUGCUGGCCACCAUUUGGGUCACCACCUCCUACUUCAUCCUGGCCAUGAUCUGUCUCAACAUGUACAGCUUCAUCAGCCUGGAGCUGUGGCAGAGGAACACCCACCUGCAGCGUCCCCGGAAGAAGGGGCACCGCCAGAUGGUCAAGGUGGUGGGUGAGUCCCUCCUCCAUCCCCCCUCAAGCCGUGGCUGGGGCCAGGACCAGGGCUGGGGAGCCACGGCUGGGGCCAGGACCAGCGCUGAAGUGCCCGCAGCUCCCGGCUGGGGUAGGGGUAGCACAAGGGGACUAUCGCAGCCACACCACCGAGCCCUCCGGUGCUCCCUGCUGCUGCUGUGGCCGGGAUUUGACUCUCACAGCUGAGACGUCCCCUGGUGCAGCACUGCGCAGCCAGCAGCACGACUGCCUUCUGUAGAAAUGCCCUUUUCCUGAAUUUUGCCGGGCAGAACUGAGUACAAGGGAGUCUGCAACUUCAGAAAAAGUGGGGUAAUAUCAGUGGUCUCUUCCAGUGGGCAGCAACACCUCUGGGUAGUAAAUUUGUGCUUCUGAAAAAUAAGUUUGAUUUCCUUAGCAGUCUUAUGUAGCUCUCCUAGGGCUAAACCCCCUGGUUGCCCAAGCAGGCUGAGGAACGGCAGCUCAACCCUUCCGAGCCAUUUGCAGACAAAUCCUGUAACACCAAAGUGCUUCUGGCUGAGGUAGGAUGCUGUUCGGUUUCAGUUCAUUUUUCUGACUCCUAUGUUCACUAGCCUAGUGUCAGGCUCUGGAAAGUUAGAGAUUACAUCUGCCCCAGGGCACUGAAGUUUGUAGUCACUGAU